CCAUCAGCAGUCGACUCACUUCGCUCCCUCCGUCAUUCCUCCGUGUUUACUCUUUAUCCGAAGAAGCUUUUACCGUACUUUGGUUAUUUAGAGCGCACAAGAUGUUUUACCCGGUUGAUUUUGCCUUCCACAAGCCGUGAACAUGUUGAAAUGGAUUUUAUUAGACUCUUGGGCGCCGUUAUUGCCGUUUUCUUCCAUCCUGGAUCUUUCUCCAAAAUUAAUGCCCAGAGGAUCUGCCGGCGUGGGACUGAACGCCCCUGCUACAGGGUGUCCUACAUCCAGGACUUCAGGAAGAGGUUGACCUUUGCAGAUGCCAGUCGCGCCUGCCAGUCUGAUGGAGGGGAGCUGCUGAGCAUUGAGACAGAGAGCGAGCAGCGGCUCAUAGAGCGGUUUAUCACAGAGCUGCAGUUGGGAGAUGGAGACUUUUGGAUUGGAAUGAAACGAAACCCGCAGCGUCUCAGGGCAGAAACCAGCAGCCCAGUUUGCCCCUCUCAGUACUACUGGCUUGAUGGCAGCAGAGCCAAGUUCAGGAACUGGCAUUGGGAUGAGCCAUCAUGUGGCACAGAAAUGUGUGUGGUUCUGUACCACCAGCCCUCUGCCCCUCCUGAUGAGGAGGGACAUUUCCUGUUUCAGUGGAAUGACGACAACUGUAACUCCAAGAACAACUAUGUCUGCAAAUACACAGAAAAAAGAACCCCAGCAAUUACUGAACGAAAUGCAGCACAUGUGGUGCCAACCUCAAGGUCAAAGACUGUACCAACAACAUAUUCUGGGGAUGAAUUGAAAACUGGAUUACCCAAGUCGUCAGUCUCUCUUUCAGACAACAUCUCAUACAUCCUCUACGCUACUAUUCCUGUCCUGCUGCUGCUGCUGGUCGGCACGGUUGGCUUUUUCUGCUACAAGCAUCAUGUCAACAGACAAAAGACGCAACUUGAAAGCUAUCCAGGUGGACACCAACAGUGGAUGUCUGUGGCAGGUUCACCUUGCCCAGUACAAGGACCAUACGCUCUGAGUGACGUUACUAAACUCCCCCCCACUGUUUUGGACUGUAGCCUGACAUCAAGACCCUCCUGCACUUCGCCCUUCAACUUUCAGUGUGGUGACUAUGAAGACGUGCCAUGUGCAGACAGAGGCACUGGCUUUGUGAAUAAUGACAUAUACGAAACAUCUCAAGCCCCAAGUUACCGCUGUCGCAAUCAGACUGGAUGGGUGGAAAAUGAAAUAUAUGGUUGACUUGAAAUCACAUUAAAGAAUUAUGACUCAUUUACAACACGCCCUGAUCUGUAUGGAUUUCCACUAGCGAUGUAACAAUAACUGAAAUAUUACGAUAUUGCAUCGUCAAAAGCCUCUCAAUAACAUCACAAUAUAUCGAAUCAAUCAAGUCUCUUUACUUAAAUUCACUGUUAUGGUGCAGCAAUAGCUAAAAGGAACAACAUACAGUAUGCAAUAAUUCUUUGCUCUGUUUCAGUCUAAUUUACAUGAUAAAUAACUGUUAUAAGCUCUUUUAAAUCUGAACUCAUAGGUGUAUGACAGAACCAAAGGACUGUCAAGGCAUUUUUGAAGGAAAAAGUAGUAUAUUCCCAACUUUGUUGGCUUCUAGAAAAUAUUAUAAAUAAAUAUCAUACAUUGAGA